CUUGGGGUGGGGUGGGGGGUCAGGUCCGGGCAGCCACUGAGAACUAGAGGGUGUGCGUGUGUACGCGUGGUACAUAUGUGUUAAUGUGUGGGUUUGUGGGUGUGUAAAUGUGUGCGUGUGAGUAAGCAGUGUGUGGGUGGUUUAUGAGUGUGUGACUGUGUCUGUGUUCAGUGUUCUAAUGAAAUGAGGGGAUGCCAAGAACUUUAUCCCCCACGAUGGUCCCUCUGGUCGCGACGAUCUCCCUCCAGCACUGGGCAGGUGCCACUAAAAAACCUGGGCCACUCAGGAGGCAGCAGGACAAGGGUAUGUUCUGGGGCUGAGGCUGUGGCCACAUCAGGGAGUGUGAGCCCUAAGUGACAAGUAGUGGCAGAAUCAAGUGUAAAGACGUCUGAUUCUUUGGAAGUUUUACAGAGGUGGGAAUCCAGCCAGGGUGAAGGAGGACUUCUUGUAUCCUUGCGGCAAGCACAUGGAGAGGGCAGGAGGGACAGUCACCAUACCCACACCUGACUUUCCCGGACCCCUCCCCCUGCCCCUUGCACCCUCUGGCAGCCCAGUCUCCCUGGCAGGUUGGCUCAGAGCAGAGGGCAAAGACCAGUCUCGGCUCCCUUUAUAAAAUGGGCCUAGGCUGGUCAAGCCUUCAGAGUGCCCUGCAUGGCCUGGUCUUAGGUGCUUGGUGCGGUGAGGAGCCCAGUGUGCACUGAGGCAGCCAUGGGUCUGCUGACUGGGGAUUUACUGGGGAUCCUGGCCUUGGCCAUGGUCAUCUUCCUGCUCCUGGUGGACUUGAUGCACCGGCGCUCACGCUGGGCCGCACGCUACCCACCGGGCCCCAUGCCACUGCCUGGGCUGGGUAACCUGCUACAAGUGAACUUCCAAGACCCACGUCCCAGCUUUAUCCAGCUGCGGCGCCGCUUCGGGGAUGUAUUCAGCCUACAGCAGAUCUGGAGGCCCGUGGUCGUGCUCAAUGGGCUGGCGGCUGUGCGGGAGGCGCUGGUGUCCCACAGCCAUGAAACCUCCGACCGCCCACCUGUGUUCAUCUUAGAGCACCUGGGUUACGGGCCGCGCUCCGAAGGAGUGAUCCUGGCGCGCUAUGGGAAAGCGUGGCGCGAGCAGCGGCGCUUCUCGGUGUCCACCUUGCGCAACUUUGGCCUGGGCAAGAAGUCGUUGGAGGAGUGGGUGACCCAAGAGGCCUCGUGCCUUUGUGCCGCCUUCGCCGACCAGGCUGGACGCCCCUUUAGCCCUAACAACCUUCUGAAUAAAGCGGUGAGCAACGUAAUCGCCUCCCUCACCUUCGCGCGCCGCUUCGAGUACAACGACCCUCGCAUGCUCAAGCUUCUGGACCUAGUGUUGGAAGGACUGGAGGAGGAAUUGGGCCUCAUGCGCCAGGUGCUGGAAGCAAUGCCGGUUCUCAGGCAUAUCCCGGGGCUGUGUGCCAAGCUCUUCCGAAGGCAGAAGGCCUUCUUGGUCAUGAUAGAUGAGCUGAUCACAGAGCACAAGAUGACCCGGGACCUGGCCCAGCCCCCCCGAGACUUGACGGAUGCCUUCCUGGACGAGAUGCAAGAGGCCAAGGGGAACCCCGAGAGCAGCUUCAAUGAGGAGAACCUCCGCCUGGUGGUGGCUGACUUGUUCUCUGCCGGGAUGAUCACCACCUCAACCACGCUGGCCUGGGCUCUCCUCCUCAUGAUCCUGCACCCAGACGUGCAGCGACGCGUCCAGCAGGAAAUCGAUGAGGUGAUAGGGCACGUGCGGCAACCGGAGAUGAAGGAUCAGGCCCUCAUGCCCUUCACCUUGGCCGUGCUCCAUGAGGUGCAGCGCUUUGGGGACAUCGUCCCACUGGGCGUGGCCCACAUGACAUCUCGUGACAUUGAAGUGCAGGGUUUCCUCAUCCCCAAGGGGACCACACUUAUCACCAACCUGACGUCAGUGCUGAAGGAUGAGACCGUCUGGAAGAAGCCCUUCCGCUUCUAUCCAGAGCACUUCCUGGACGCCCAGGGCCGCUUCACCAAGCAGGAGGCCUUCAUGCCCUUCUCAGCAGGCCGCCGCUCUUGCCUCGGGGAGCCCCUGGCCCGCAUGGAGCUCUUCCUCUUCUUCACCACCCUCCUGCAGCGCUUCAGCUUCUCGGUGCCCACAGGACAGCCUCGCCCCAGCGACCACGGUGUCUUUGCCUUCCUGCUGCUCCCAUCCCCCUACCAGCUCUGUGCUGUGCCCCGCUAGGGGGAGGCACCACGCCCCCAGCCUUCGCUUCAGCAGUAGCCCUGGCAUGCAAUAAAGCCGUCUGGCAGCUCCAGCUUGGCUUGCGUUCCACCUGGGGCCUCUGAGCAGCC